GCACAUCGUGUGCGCGCAGGACCCUUCCCUACACUACAAGACAGUACCAAACCCAGCCUGGAGCCUGACGCAAGGUAGCGCACCCAGAGAACAGAGAGAGAGAGAAGAUGGACGGAGUGGGAUCGUUCGGAGCGGGCCUGGCGGGUGCUGCCUUCGACCCGGUUUCCUUCAUCAAGCAGCCGACCACCAUCCUCAGGGUCCUGUCCUGGGUAUUCUCCCUGGUGGUGUUUGCCUCUAUAGUGAAUGAGGGCUAUGUGAACCUGGGUAGUGAACGUCUCCACUGCGUGUUCAAUAAGAACGCUGAUGCGUGUAACUACGGAGUGUUCUGUGGUUUGGUGGGCUUGUUGCUGUGCUCCUUCUUCUUCCUGUUGGAUGUGAAGUUUCAACAGAUCAGCUCUAUUAAGGACAGGAAGAAGGCUGUGAUGCUGGAGGUGGGGGUUUCAGGUUUCUGGACGUUCCUGUGGUUUGUGAGUUUCUGUUUCCUGGCCAAUCAGUGGUCUAGGACCGCCCCUGAGGACCUGCCACUCAACCAGGGGGCUGACGCAGCCAGGGCAUCUAUAGCCUUCUCAUUCUUUUCCAUCCUCACCUGGGCUGGUCUGACGGUGCGUGCAGUCCAGAAAUAUCUCCUGGGAACAGACAUGACCCUCUUCACCACCGACCAUCUGGACGGAGUCGUGCCGGUAACACCAUACCCCCCCACCACCACCGGGUGCACCAUCGAGCCCAGCGACAACUACCAGAGCCCCCCGUUCACAGAGGGGCUGGAAGCCCCUGCCCCCACAUACCAGGUCCCCAUAUACUAGUCCCUCCCUGUCCCCCUAGUCCCUCCCUGUCCUCAUAUACUAGUCCCUCCCUAGUCCCCACCUCCCUGUCCCCACAUACCAGGUCCUAUCCACUAGAGAACAAAGUGCUGAAAGCGCUGAAGGGGACCUAGUUACAUGUACAGUCCCUCCAUGGUAAUGUUUUUAAGAGGAUGUUCUGUUCUUGGGUUCGGUGUUACCUGCAUGUUCUGUAAGACUGACUAAGUGCCAAACUGUCUUGUGUGUCUGACAGUGACUGUAGAUAGUAACUUUCACCACUAUGAUGUUAACGUGACCAAGUGCAAUAUCUCCCUCCACCCAGUAGCCACUCUGCCGACCAGUCAUACACUAUUCCCUAUGUAGUGCAUCAAUGAUGGCCAGCUGAGCCUUUACCACCAGUGCACUUUGUAAGGUAAUAGUGGUUUCAGAUGCCCCUAAACUAAUGUGUGCAAACAUCACAGAAGAUUCUGGCUUGUUUAUGUUUACAUUCUAGAAGUGGUUUGUUUACAUUUAGAAGCUAUUUAUUUACCUUUUAGAAGCGGUUUGUUUACAUUCUAGAAGCUGUUUGUUUACGUUCUAGAAUCUUUUUAUGUUUCUUUUCUAGAAGCUGUUUGUUUACAUUCUAGAAGCCGUUUGUUUACGUUCUAGAAUCUUUUUAUGUUUCUUUUCUAGAAGCUGUUGGUUUCAUUCUAGAAGCUGUUUGUUUACUGUUCUAGAAGCUGUUUUUAUGUUCUAGAAUAUUUUUAUGUUUCUUUUCUAGAAGCUGUUUGUCAUUCUGGAAGCUGCCAAACUGCCCUGCUAGUUGUCUUCCUUCACAGAGCAUCAGCCAGUCAGCUACCCAGAGAUAAACUAGACAUACCAUGAUGGCUCUUUAUUACUGUAUAUACCCUGGGUCUGGGUCUCUCUAAAUCUGCUCAGUGGAAUACAACCGUGCCCAUUGUUAUCAUGGUGACAACACACCCACACACACACUCACUAGUGGACCUCACUGCCCAGUGUGUGUGUGUCUGGUGUGUGUGUGUGUGUGUGUGGUAUUUGUUGUUUCAGGUCUGAAGAAAAAGAAAGACAAGUAAAGCGUUCUUCUGUUGGUGGUGUUCCGGAACAGAGGUGUUCCGGAACUGUCUGUCUCACCAUCUUGUACAGUGUCUCUAGGUGAAGCCUAGACAUUACAUGUCACUGUCUGUAUUGACAGUCAUAUUACAUAUUAUAUUACAAUUCAAGAGGUUUUGUGUUUGUUGAUAUAACAGUCAACAGAUGAAAUAAUGCUGAAUAUAACUGACCUCCAGAAAGUCUAGUCUGUGGUGCCAUCUGCUCCUUGUAACACUAGCGCGUGUAACAGCGCCCUCUAGCUGCCGAGGGACUAGAGCUUUUAAAGGCCCAAUGCUGCAGCUCUUUUUUUAUCUGAAUAUCAAAUCGUUUCUGACGAAUUAGUACAUUUCUGUGAUUCUUUUAGACAAUUUAAUUUGAAAAUAAAUAAAUAAAAUAGCUUCUUAGCAAAGAGUAAUAUCUCAAGCAUGAAUUUUGCUAGGACUGUCGGAGUGGUGAGGGGGAAACUAGCUGUUAUUGGCAGAGAGAUUUCGAGCUCUUAUUGGUCUAUUAACUAAUUAACCGCCUGGUUACGUCACCAGGCAGGCCAAAACUCCAUCCCACCAAAACAGACUGAAAUUUCAGACGGUCGUUUCAAACAGCAUUAUGAAUUUCACAGUAUUAUUCCAGCAUCAUAGCGUGGAAAUAUAUCAAACACAGGAAAGUUUUUGACUGCCUUGGCCCUUUAAAAUAAGUUUAAAAGUGAUGAAUGUAAUAUUGUGUGGGCAAAAUGUUCUGUUGAAUUCUGUGUAAUUGUGAAUUUUGAUUUAAAGAGCCGUUUGUUUUGAUUUUAAAAUUCAUUUGAUCUGAAUUGAUAUGGAAAAACGUUGAUUUACCCCUAAAAAAACCUUAAAGGUUGAAUAAAUUGACUUACACAUAGGACCUACAGUAUAACGAAGGGAGUUCUAUGUUCAGAUAAAGAGGAUGUUUCAAGUAUGUAGAUCAGGGACGGGCAACCCAAGGAUGGCCAAUAUACAGUACCAGUCAAAAGGUUGGACACACCUACUCAUUCCAGGGUUUUUAUUUAUUUGCAUUACUAUUUUCUACAUUGUAGAAUAAUAGUGAAGACAUCAAAACGAUUAAAUAAUCCCUAUUAAUGUAGAAUGUCCUUUGGGUCUAAUAGACCUAUUAAGGAUUAAUCGUAUAACUUUUAAAAUGUAUUCCCUUUUAAAUGUGUUAUAAACACAACCAGUCGUGUUUUCAGCUGUCAAAUAAUCACUUCCCUAAAGGUGCUCCUGUUGGCAUGUUUGUCCACUGUGCGCCGGUCGUUUGAUGAAUGGAAAGAGAUCUGUUACAAAAUAAACGAGAAGUGAAAUGACAUUCAGUGAUUGUCAAUGGUAAACAUUAGGCUUGUAGUCUGAAUUGAUGCGUCCGCUGCUGUAAGAGCGCGUCGCAGUCUGUCUCUCUGCCUUGGUAGAAAUGUUGUCGAACGCAAUUUGGAGGGAAUACUGCCCGUUUUAACGUCAAUCCGCUCAUUGUCAUGCAGUAAUGUUAAUCCUUAAGAGUUUAGUGCGUCAAUCUCAGUGAGAUAAUACAAAAAUCCCCAUCUAAACGUGUCAGUUUAAAGAUAGAGAUGGUUAUUUUUGCCUGGGCUCAAUGCACCGCAACCUCCUGCCGGGAUUCCGCAUCAACGGUGGAAGGUGGUCGAGCUAAAGCAGUGUUUGACAGAACAUGAGACAUCCCGAAAAUCAGAGAACCGUUUGGGCUUCUCCGUUUAGCUCUACGAACCCCACAAGUGUCAUAGGACUCCUCUGAAGGUAACCAGGUACCGGUACAAAAACAAUCAAUAUCAAUAUAUCAAUAUCAAUCAACAAUCAAUGGAAGUAUGGAGGUAGUUUUUGUUAAAUAUGUCCAAAAAACUACAAUAUUGCCUGAUCUUAUAUCUCCUAGAUAUACAGAACCAAUCAAACGUUUGGACACACCUACUCAUUCAAUUAUGUUUUAUUUUUUAAAACUGUUUUCUACAUUGUAGAAUAAUAGUGAAGAUGUCAACUAUGAAACAACACAUGGAAUCAUGUCGUAACCAAGAAAGUGUUAAACAAAUCAAAAUAUAUUUUAAAUUUGAGAUUCUUCAAAGUAGCCACCCUUUGCCUUGAUGACAGCUUUGCACACUCUUGGCAUUCUCUCAACCAGCUUCACCUGGAAUGCUUUUCCAACAUUCUUGAAGGAGUUCCCACAUAUGCUGAGCACUUGUUGGCUGCUUUUCCAUCACUCUGCGAUCCAACUCAUCCCAAACCAUCUCAAUUGGGAUGAGGUCAGGGGAUUGUGGAGGCCAGGUCAUCUGAUGCAGCACUUCAUCACUCUCCUUCAUCAAAUUGCCCUUACACAGCCUGGAGGUGUGUCGGGUCACUGUCCUGUUGAGAAAUCAAUGAUAGUUCCACUAAGCCCAAACCAGAUGGGACGGUGUAUCGCUGCAGAAUGCUGUGGUAGCCAUGCUGGUUAAGUGUGCCUUAAAUAAAUCACAGACAGUGUCACCAGCAUUUCAGUUGAAUACAUUCAGUGGGACAACCGACUAGGUAUCCCCCUUUCCCAAAGCACCCCUACACCAUCACACCACCUCCUCCUCCAUGCUUUGCGGUGGGAACCACACAUGCAGAGAUCAUCCUUUCACCUACACUGCGUCUCACAAAGACACAGUUGGAACCAAAAAUCUCAAAUUUGGACUCACCAGAUCAAAAGGACAGAUUUCCACCGGUCUAAUGUCUAUUGCUUAUGUUUCUUGGCCCAAGCAAGUCUCUUCUUAUUGGUGUCAUUUAGUAGUGGUUUCUUUGCAGCAAUUCAACCAUGAAGGCUUGAUUCACGCAGUCUCCUCUGAACAGUUGAUGUUGAGAUGUGUCCGUUACUUGAAUUCUGUGAAGCAUUUAUUUGGGCUGCAAUCUGAAGUGAGGUUACCUGUAAUCUCUUUGCUUCUUGCCAUAAUAUGGACUUGGUCUUUUACCAAAUAGGGCUGUCUUCUGUAUACCACCCCUACCUUGUCACAACACAACUGAUUGGCUCAAACACAUUAAGAAGGAAAGGAACUUCACAAAUGAACUUUUAACAAGGCACACCUGUUAAUUUAAAAGCAUUCCAUGUGACUACCUCAUGAAGCUGGUUGAGAGAAUGCCAAGAGUGUGCAAAGCAGCCAUCAAGGCAAAUAUAUUUUGAUUUAUUUAACACUUUUUUGGUUACUGCAUGAUUCCAUAUGUGUUAUUUCAUAGUUUUGAUGUAUUCACUAUUAUUCUACAACGUAGAAAAUAGUAAAAAUAAAGAAAAACCCUGGAAUGAGUAGGUGUUUCCAAACUUUUGACUGGUACUGUAGGACAGACACUUCAAAAACCUUGUUUCUUGUUUUGCCAUUGAUGAAUGUGUUAUUCAAUGUGUUUCUAUAGGUCAUUAGUAGUAAUAAUAAAUAUUAAAGGCCAAAUUCAAUAUUUGAAAUGGCUCCUUACGGAACACAGUUACUUACUCUACACAUCACAGCAGCGUGUCUGUUCUAUAUCCUAUAAUUCUAUGUUGUGUUGAUGUUCUCAGUACUCUAGUCUGAGUGAUAGAGGGGUCAGGAGACAGGGAGGAGGGGUCAGGAGACAGGGAGGAGGGGUCAGGAGACAGGGAGGAGGGGUCAGGAGACAGGGAGGAGGGGUCAGGAGACAGGGAGGAGGGGUCAGGAGAUAGGGAGGAGGGGUCUGGUCUGUAGAAUAAGGAAUCAUUUCAGAACAACUCAUUUCUGUCCUGUUGAUCCUCCUAAACACACUCUGCCUGUGUGUGUGUGUCCACUCCAGUGCUGUUGGUAGUAAAGUAUCUCAGUGUGUAUUAUAGAAGUGGUCGUAAAGCCGUCUGUAGUGCUUCAGUAUUAUAAUAACUCUGUUGGAAAUGGACCAAUCACAUGUGAUCUGACCCUGGUUGUUGUUUUUAAAGGUGCAGCACCUCAACGUGCCCAUUACGUACAGAGGUCCUUCCAUUGUUCUCCUCUCUGAAUGCUGUCAGAUCACCUCACUGAAAUAAAGCAGAACAUUUUUCAUGA